AUAAUGCAGGGAGAUGCAAGCAGAGCAUCAGUCCAGCGUGAAGUCAGAGAGAAGAUCAAGCAACACUGAAGAGCUGCAGUGGGUUUCGGAAGAGCAACGAAGAGCUUCAAAACAGGCGGCCAGACAUCCAGCAUGCGUGCUCUGGUGGUUUUUCCUCUGCUCCUGUGCGCAGUGGUGUGUGUGGACCAGGUGAGGGCGGAUGUGAAGGCGGUGAAGCUGUGCGGUCGGGAGUUCCUGAGGGCCGUGGUCUACACCUGCGGAGGCUCCCGCUGGAGGAGGUUCCUCACCGACACGGACAUGGACGGUCUGCCUACGGGGGAGCAGAGCAGCUUGGAGAGCCUGAGCAGCCGAGGCUCCGAGUUCACCAAACGGGACAUGAACAACAUACUGACCACCGUGUGCUGUCAGGUGGGCUGCAGGAAGAGCGACCUCACCUUCCUCUGCUGAUGAAGACCCCCCACUUUGCUGCUUAUUCUCCUCCUUAACGUGACCAUAAAAAAAAAAAAACGACCAGAAUGUUCUCCCCCCCGUCUUGGCUUACUACAGUAGAAUUUGAAUCACAUGCUGCCAGUGCAAUCACUGGUCCCAGCUGGAAGGUUUGCUGGUGUGAAUGUGGACCACUGGAGCAUGUGUGAACGUGUUUCUGAGCUGGAUGAUACGUGCAACCGUAAAUAUAGAUUUGAUUAUGAGAUGCCGUUAAAAGGUGCAGGACUGUAUUACCUCCCAAGAAAGAUGUCUCAGUGUCCUGUAUGUAUGUAGCAAGCAUCCACAGGGUUGCAGGUUUGUAAAAGUUUCCAGCUCUGCUUUAUUGUCUUUAUAGGAAACUUGAGCUGUAUUGUGUAAUUUCACUACUUUUGUCAAAUAAAUGUUUUUGCGCAGGGCUUA